AUGGUUAAAGUUCAAGAUUAUAUUGAUCAAAAUUAUCCCAAAGCUCAAAGAGUAAGGGUGCAAAAACUAGACCUUCGUAAUCUUGACCUCGAAGAACAAGAGUAUUCGCAAAAAGAGCAAACAAAAGAAAUUAUCUUAUCAGGAAUAGAAUUUGAACAGCCGAGCGAAUUGAUUAUUAGUGAUUAUCCUAAUGUAAAAGAAAUAAAAACCGAGGGCUAUUUCCAAAACGAAAUCCUUAACAUAACCAAAGUAACUAUUAACAAUUGUCCACGAUUAGAGGAGGUGUGUAUUCCUAAUUUUUCUAAUCAAUUUCUUAGUUUACACCACUUACCCAGUUUGAAGAAAUUUCAUUGUGGGUAUGGUAAACUCACAGGUCGCUUGGAUUUAACUCCUUUUGCUAAUUUGGAAUCAGUGCAUUGUUUUGGUAAUCAGUUUACCGAAAUAAAUCUACCGGCGGAAAAAUUAGAAGAAUUAGCCGCCAGUGGUAAUAAUUUUGGUCAACGCGACCUAUCUUUUUUAGGUCAUUUAGUAAAUUUAAAGGUGUUGCAAAUAGGAAAUAACCAACUUAUUGGCUCCUUAAAGCAUUUAAAAAACUUAAACAAAUUAAACUUUUUAACUAUUUGCGACACUGAUAUUGCUAGUGGUUUAGAAUAUUUGUCUGAUGAAUUGACUAUCGGAAUAAAUUGUUACACCACCAAAACUCCGGCUGGAAAAGUCCAAGCCAUUGCUAAACAACUAGCUCCUUGUUACAAUAAUGUUUCAGCUUGA